AUGAGUGCGGCGCCGAUGCCGAUCAAGUUUCAGGAGCAUUUGCAGCUGGUAAAUGUCGGUAUUCAGCCGAAUAACAUAGGGUUUAGUACCCUUACGAUGGAGUCGGAUAAGUUCAUCUGCGUCCGCGAAAAAACCGGUGAAACAUCCCAAGUGGUCAUCAUUGAUAUGAAUGAUCCCAUGAACCCUACUAGGCGCCCUAUAACUGCGGACUCCAUCAUCAUGAAUCCGGUCAGUAAGGUGAUGGCGCUGAAGGCUGGAAAAGUUCUGCAAAUAUUCAACAUCGAGUUGAAAAGCAAAAUGAAGUCUCAUACCAUGACAGAAGACGUUGUAUUUUGGAAGUGGAUUUCAGUGAAUACUAUAGCUCUUGUUACGGCCACAUCCGUUUACCAUUGGCCAAUGGAUGGCGACAGCAGCCCAACAAAAAUGUUUGACAGGCAUUCUUCAUUGGGUGCGAACUGUCAAAUAAUCAACUAUCGUUGCGAUGCCAACCAGAAGUGGUUACUGUUGGUAAGAAUUGCUUCUCAGGACAAACGAGUGGUGGGGUACAUGCAGCUCUACAGUGUUGAAAAACGAGUUAGUCAACCCAUCGAAGGACAUGCGGCUGCCUUCGCGCAGUUCAAGCCCGAGGGUAGUUCCACACAAACUACCCUCUUCUGUUUUGCCUCUCGAAAUGCACAGGGAUGCAAGCUGCACAUCAUAGAUGUGGGCCAGCCGCCCUCCGGCGGUCAGCCUUCAACUAAAAAGGCGAUUGAUGUUUACUUUCCUCCGGAGGCUCAAAAUGAUUUCCCAGUGGCGAUGCAGACUUCUCCGAAGUACGAUGUGAUAAACCUGAUCACCGAGAACGGUUACCUUCACGUAUACGAUUUGGAAAGUGGCAUCUGCAUUUAUAUGAGCCGAAUUAGCAGCGAGACAAUUUUCGUCACUGCGUCUCACAAAUCGUCGGGUGGUAUUAUCGGAGUGAAUAGAAAAGGACAAGUGUUAUCUUUUCAAGCGCUGUUCCAAGCUGGUCAAUACAGUGAGCCUUCUAAAAUUGCUGCCAACGCGCCGAAAGGAAUCCUCUGUACACCGCAAACAAUCCAAAGGUUUCAACAGGUUGCCACCGCUCCCGGUCAAACUUCAGCAUUGCUCCAGUACUUCAGCAACUUGCUGGAACAGGGACAGCUUAAUAAAUUUGAAAGUCUCGAACUCUGCCGCCCCGUGCUGUAUCAAGGAAGAAAGCAGUUGCUCGAGAAAUGGCUUAAAGAAGAGAAACUGGAAUGUUCCGAGGAGUUGGGG